AUGUUCGAUUUUGAUCAGUUGGAUGUCCCGCGUGUUGACGGUGACACAAGACAUGGAACAACACUUCCUUGCAACUCUGUGGACGAUGUGGCCGCCAAAGAUAUCGCAGCUGGAAAGUCUUGCCGAAUGAAGAUUGGAGAUGUUGCAGCUGAUGAAUUGCUUGGGAGUUUGCUUCGAAUGCACCAAAAUUCGCAGUACUUAUUCUAUUUGAGUGCGAACGAAGUGUCCAAGGACAGGCAACUUCAAAAUACCGAGGUGUCCAAUAGCCUAGAAAAACCACAGGAUGGAAAGAUGAGUGGAGGAUAUGAAAGUGCUCAGAAUCAGCAAGAACCAGAACAGCAAGCUGGUGAGGAUAAAGAACCCCCAAAUGUUGGUGAGGUUUUAGCAUUGUCACCAGAGCUCUUGGCUGCGGAGAUAGCUUCCCAGCAAUCUGUUGGCGAAGCUUUAGACUCCUCGCAAGAAGAGGGCACUGAAACUCAGCCAGGAACGCCAGUGAAGUGGAUGAUGGAGUGGGCCAUGGAAGAGCUGAAGAAGGAACUCGACUUCCGAUGGGAGGCAGAUUUGCAGGAGGAGUGCGAAAGGUUUGUGAAGUCGAAACAUGAGCUGCAGAGAGUGGCCGUGCCAGCUCUUCAUGCAGAGCUUUGUUCCAAGCGUUUGCUGGUGAUGGAGUUCAUUGAUGGCUGCAAAAUCACAAAAGCUCCGGAACACUUCCCUGACUGGGAUUACGGCAGAGAUGUACCAGCUAUUCAUGAAGCCCUUGAAACCUGGCACGCUAUGCAGCUCUUUUUGACUGGCAAGUUUCAUGGAGACCCUCAUCCUGGCAAUGUUUUGGUACGCCGGAGCCCACACACAAUUCCAGGCAAAAGCCCCUUUCAGGUGGUGGUCAUUGAUCAUGGGGGGUACUACAGCUUGGAUGAUGAGACUCGCAAACUCUAUGCGGAGGUAUGGAGCAUGAUGGAUGAACCGAAGGACGCACAGCAGAAGUCUGCAAGGCGCACUCGCCUGAAAGAAAUUAUGUCCAUGUGGGGCAUUGGGCAUACAUCUCGCUUUGUCCUUGAGCAAAUGUUCAAUGGCCAUUUCGGAGCUGCUGAUCCCACUGCCAGCAUUACUGAAAACGGUGAGGCGAGACGCCAUCGCUGGAAUUGGAUGAAUCAAAAGCAGGAUGAUCUUGGACCGCCCGUCUUUGAGGACGUCUCCAAGAUGCCUCCUGCCUUGAUGAAAGCCUUCGGCGUAGGAAACUUCACUCGUUCUGCCUGGACCAUUCUCUCAAAAGGCCAGAAAGGCCUGCGAGGUUGGGACUUCUGCAAGGUGCGGGUCGGAAUCAUGAUUCGCUGGGCGAAGAAUUGCCCAGGUGUCAGGCGCCCACCCUGA